AUGGCUAGUAGUGGAAGUCAGGACUUUGUAGAGCGAUCGACGAUUUACCUGGAAAAAUCUGAGGUUGCUACUGAUAUAGACUCUCCUUUGGAUGAUCUCUCUCUUGCGCAAACCGAAUCAGACAGCAGGCAAAAUGCAGAAGAAGAAGAGUUGAUAAGAAAACUCGAGGAAUCUCUCAAACUAAAGAAACAUGGAAGAAGUACUAGGUAUAUUUCUACUUUAGAAAAUGGGCUUUCUGUGACUUCUUGGAAAUUCAGCGAAUGGGACUAUGCUAAUCCCAAUGUAGUUCUUCCAACUAAUGCAAGAGGUUUAUUCACUUUGGAUGACAGCAAAAAGAUUUUAGUUAGAGGGUAUGAUAAAUUUUUCAAUGUUGGAGAGGUACCUGAAACGAAAAUAGACUAUCUAAGGGAAAACACUAUAGGUCCUUACCGAUUGACAUUGAAGGAAAAUGGAUGUAUUAUAUUCAUAGCUGGCUUGGAAGACGGAUCCAUCGUAGUUACCUCGAAACAUCUGUUAGGUAGUAGAGAGGGUAUGACAAGAAACCAUGCUUCUCGUGGAGAAUAUGAGCUCAGGCAGCAAUUGGGAGAGAAUGGCAUUUCUGUAGAAGCUUUAGCUAAAAGACUUUACACGCAAAAUCUAACUGCUGUCGCAGAACUAUGUGACGAUUCCUUUGAAGAGCACGUCUUGCCUUAUUCCAGGGACGAAGGAGAGGCAGGAUUAUAUUUGCAUGGUUUGAACUAUAACACUGUGAAAUUCAAAACAUGUCCCAUGGAAGAGGUUCAGCAAUUUGCAGACGAGUUUCAAUUCCACAAGAUUCAAAACUUUCAAAUUGAGAAGUUUGACGAACUACAAAGUUUCUUUGAGAACUGCUCCAAGACAGGCACUUACAAGGGUAAAGAAGUUGAGGGUUUUGUCAUCCGUUGUAAAACUAAAUUUAAGAACGAAGAUUACUUCUAUAAGUACAAGUUUGAAGAGCCUUACUUACUAUAUAGACAAUUCAGAGAACUCACCAAGAGAUACAUCUCUACUGGAGACGUUGGAUUGGUUAAAUACGAAGUCAAGAAGCACAGGUAUUUAUCUUAUCACUAUAUUGAUUUUGUUGAAGGAUUGUUUAAAGAGCAUCCUGAUAUGGCGGAGCAAUAUGAAAGAGGAAUAGGUAUCAUCAAAGUAAGAGAAUUAUUUACCGAGUAUUGCGGGAAAAGGGGUAUGGACUUAUUAGAGUUGGAUGCAUUAGAUGGAACAGUUGAAAUGCCUAUUAAUGAAUUCAAAUAUGUCUUAAUACCAAUUGCAACCAUUGGUUGUGGUAAAACGACAACCUUUCAAACAUUGGUUGACCUGUUCCCACCAGGUUUAAUAGGGCACGUUCAAAACGAUAAUAUUGGAUCAAAAUCCAAAUUUAAAUUUGUAGAUAGCUGCUUAAAUGAAUUGGCUCAUUCUAAAACUCAAAUAGUAUGUUGUGAUCGUAACAACCAUAUGUGGAGAGAAAGAACGCAAUUGUUCGAUAACUUCGAAACAAACAAAUUAAAAUUUUUACUUCCAACAGUUGGUAUCAAAUUCAUUUGCUGUAAUUUUGUUAGUCCAGAUGAUGAAACCAGGUGGAAUGUUACAUAUAAUAGAGUAGUAAAAAGAGGUAAUAAUCAUCAAUCCAUUAAAUCCGAGGGUGAUAAGGGAGUAGAAUUAGCAAAAGCAAUCAUGAAUGGGUUCAUCAAUAGGUAUCAACCCUUAAAUACUAGACGUCAACCAGACAGUAAAUUUGACUUAGUUAUAAACUUGGAAGUGAGUGAAAAUCGAUCAUCCUUAGACAAUGCUAAAGUUAUUGUUUCGAAGUUAAACGAAGAGUACCCUGGUUUGUUGCCAUAUAUUCCAACAGAAUCUCAAUACGAAGAAAGCUUUCAAAGAGCACUCUUGUACACCCCAACUUUUACUAAAAUCAUCCCCAAUAAGGGAUCAUCUUCAUCGGCAUAUCCAAAGGCUACAAUUGGAAAUAAAGAUUUCAAGACUGCCAAAAAUUCUCCGAAACCUUCAUAUUACGGGGUGAGAAUAUCAGACAAAGAUUCUUUGAUUCGAUUAAUCGAAAGUUCAUUAGCUAAUGAGAGUGCAGGCUUUGCUGAAACCUGGUCAACAAUUGCUAGCUCAAGAAUUCAAGAAGAGUUUCAUGUCACCUUAUCUCAUAUAUUGGAUUCUAAAGUAAAUGUGGAGAAGAAGAAGAUUUGGAAAAGUUUGCAGGGAAUAUUUCAACUCGACGGUAAACUAGACUCUAUCCAUUACUUUGAUGUUUACACUGACCUUAAAUUGAAAAGCAUAGUUUUGGUGAAGAAUAAGCUUGUGUGUGUUGAAGUCGAAAUCUUGAAAAGCUAUGAUUCAUCUUUUGAAGUUGAAAUUCAAGGAAUAAAGUCUUCGAAUACUUAUCCACAUAUUACAAUUGGAACGUAUGACCCACUGGUAAAGCCAUUCCAAUCAAAUGGUUUUCUCGAAGAACUCAAAAAAUCUGCAGAAGGUCAACUAAAUAAUGCAACUUUCUCAACUGAAAGUGGAGAUGAGAUUAGGAUUAUUGAUUUAAAAGAUACGAUUAUUUUAGAAAAACAGCGUUGUUAUGUUCACCAAUAG